AUGUUUUACUUGUUACAGAGUCAUCCCUCAGUCAGUAAGGAGCAGCUGAUUCACCUUCACUGCUUUACAGGGUCUUUGGACAUAUUACAGAAAUGGUUAGAAGUGUUCCCUAACACUUACUUUGGAUUCACAAGUAUGAUCUGUAAGUCCAGUGACUACCUAGACAUGCUCCGGAAACUAGAGUCUUCCCGUUUUCUCCUUGAAACGGAUGCUCCUUAUUUCAGCCCGCCACGCUGUAAAAAGUCCAAUCCCUAUAUGAUUGGAUGGGUUGCAUCCAGGGUAGCUGAGGCCAGAGGCCAAUCUUGUGGUGACCUCCUCAAGUUGGCAAGUGAUAACGCAAAAAGACUGUACAUUGAGAAGCUCCCUCCAGUCUCAAUGUACGGUGAUGAGUCCGGUUAA